AUGCAUGGAGGCGAUGGCAGUCCCAUCCUGCAGGAAGCAUCGGUGACGGUGUUCCCAUCAGAGGUCUGCAACGCGUCAUACUCGAAGCUUCACUUCUACUCCGCCAGGUGGCCGCGCGGCAUCGCGGAGGACACUUUCCUUUGUGCUGGCCAGCCCCUCGGCGGCGUGGACACUUGCCAGGGUGACUCCGGAGGGCCCCUGGUGUACUUCGCAUCAGACCACAAGGAUGGAGUCUCUGUGUUGGGAGGCGUGGUGUCCCAAGGCUACGGCUGUGGGCUUGAAGACUUCCCAGGCCUGUACGUGCCUCUCUCCAACCCAGACUACCUUCAGUGGAUCAAGGAUGUAGCCUUCAGCGGUAAUUAAAUGUAGCCUUCCUUCACAGAUAAUUAAAAAUCUAUAUUGAGGC